GCCGAGCAUGAGCACCGACGAGAACAAGGCUCAGGGUCCGGUAAAACCGGACAGCGCGGACCUGAGUGACGGCAAUGGCGAUGACAACAAACAGGCUGCGGUGGUUGUAAAGAGCCGUGCUGUGGUGAAGUACAGCAAUGCUCCCCCUGCCUGUUCCUAUGCGGUACUGCAGGAGCAGACAGACCUGAAGCUGCCGCCAGCCAACUGGCUACGGGAGUCUCAACUGGGGCCAGCAGGGGCAGGAGUACUGGGCAGCAAGACCAAGCCAUUCUCCAGCUUUGGGAUGGCCUAUGACUUCAUUGACUGCAUUGGAGACGAUGUGGAUGUUGUUUCAGAUUCGGAGAACAUUAAGAAGCUGUUGAAGAUCCCCUACUCUAAGAGCCAUGUGAGUUUGGCGGUGCAUCGCGUCGGGAGAACGUUGCUACUGGACGAACUAGACGUACAAGAACUCUUCAUGCGCUCAUCACAGACAGGAGAUUGGUCAUGGCUGAAGGAGUUCUAUCAGCGUCUGAUCGACCAGAAGUGGCAACGCAAGAAGAAGAGGCAGGAGCAUUGGUACCAAAAGGCCAUACUCUCCAAGUUCCUAUACUACAGUAUCAAUGGUGACGGUGCUGCGGAGCCGGUGUCGGAGGGAGAGGAUGGAGAGGAGGAUCAUGGGAAGGUGGAGGACUGUGUCUCUUGGCCCGCCCACUUCACUAACCCCGUCCCUCACAGCGGAGAACACACACCUGACACAGAGGGGGCAGCAGGCUUUCCAUUUGCCCUGGCCGAUGUUGCCAGUGACGUUGCUAAUGCGGAUGACGUCGCUUCAGCACCCAAAGAAAACAACCAAAAUCUCCCCACACUGUUCGACGAGGGAGAGAGCAGCCAGGGCCUGCGUAAUGACUUUGUGCGUAACAUCAUGUGGACGUUUGAAGACAUCCACAUGCUGGUGGGAUCCAAUAUGCCCAUAUUUGGAGGAGGAAGAUACCCAGCCGUCAGCCUCAGACUCAGGGAUAAUAAUAAGCCUAUAAACAUCUUGACGGGGAUGGACUACUGGCUGGACAAUCUGAUGUGUAACGUUCCGGAACUCCUCAUGUGUUUCCAUGUCAAUGGCAUCGUACAGAAGUAUGAAAUGAUAAAGACAGAGGACAUCCCUGACCUUGAGAAUUCGACCUUCUCGACGCGCGUGGUGAAGGACAUCGCCCAGAACAUCCUCUCCUUCCUGAAGGCCAACUGCACCAAAGAGGGACACACGUACUGGCUCUUCAAAGCGAGUGGCAGCGACAUUGUAAAGCUGUAUGACCUGACUACUCUGUGUGAGGAGGCCACGGAGGAGAAAUGCCAGAACCCCUUCACCCUGCCCGUAGCAGUGCUCUUAUACAGGGUUGCCAGUAACAUGAUGUUGAAGAAUCAGAACAGAAAGUAUUACGGCACCAUCCGGACCCUGCUGCUCAACUGCCUCAAACUCCUCGAUGAGGACAGACAUCCACAGAUGAUGGCGUCAGCCAAUUACAUGCUAGCUGAGCUGUUCCAGCUGGAUGAGGAGGGCGGAGCCUGUGAGGAAGGGGGUGUGGCCUCUGAGGACAGCUACAGUGAGGAAGAGGACGAGGACGAGAAGGAGGAUAGAGAAGAGGAGGAAGAGGGGGAGAGGAGAGAGGAGGCCAAGAGAAGAGAGGAGAAGGAGGAGAAGAGGAGAGAGGAGGAGAAGAAGAAGGGAGCGGUGGGGGGCUCAGCGGACGACAGCAAAGCCAUUGCCAUCAUCAAGUCAGUGGGAGAGCUCUCCGUACCCGAGAAAUACACCUCCACCAGUCACACGCGAUCCAGUAGUGUGUUACCUGUGUCUCAGGACAAAGAAGAGAGGUGCAGGCAUGUGCUCAACUACGUCCUCAAGGGUUUGAAGGUGAUUGACAGCAGUAUUAAGCGAGAGGGGGAGCUGCCUGCGGCGGACCCCCACACCCCCAUCCCACUCAAGUACACACACACUCCCCAGAGCAGCGCACAGGACACACACACACACAUCAGCAAGCUGCUCGACACAGGUGUGUGUGUGACUAGGUCUGGCAUGACCGUGGGUUCGUGGCAGCAUCGUCUGAAGCUGCAGCUGAUCAUGAAGGCUUCGCGAGCGUUCUACCAGUUAGCCUCCGCCGCUAACGACCUGCACAAGUACGGACGCGCGCUACGCUACAUCAAGCUAGCGCUACAGUGCCAUGAUGCCUAUUGUUCCAUCAGUACCGGUAGCCUAUCGGGUCGCGUGCUGCUGUUCCAUUCCCAGUGCCUGUGUCUGUGUGGAGACCUGCAACUCAUGCUGGCAUCCAGCUCCGCCCAUCGCCCCGCCCACCUGGAGGAAUACACCUAUCAGACGCAAGAGGACCAGGAACUGCUGCACUGCCUACACCGGGAGAGCAGCUGCCAAGCGUUCUCUGUCGCGACUGAUCUGAGCAGCGACAGUGAGUUCCAGCUGCUGGUGAGUUCCAAGUGCUACGAGGCGGCUCACGACCUUCUGACCUCUGACCCGCUGAGUUCCGGAACCCUGGCGGAGGUCGCAGAGCAACAGGCCACUCACACACGCAGGCGCCUCGGAAACAUCCGGAACGAGCUGGGGGUGUUCUACAUGAACCAGGCUGCCUCCCUGCAGACUGAGAAGGAAGGGCGUAAGGGUGUGUGUGUAGCAGAGCAGGACGUGUGGAAGAGGAGUUUCUCCUACUUUGAGAAAGGGCUGUGUGACUUCACCGCCAUCACCGACCCGCCCAACGCCGCGCUGUUGCUAUGCAACAUGGGACGCCUCAUGCGUGUGUGUGCUCAGGCCCACAGCCAAUCCGACGACGGCUCGCACCGAGAGUUCUCACCGGAGGAGGCGCUAUACUACAACAAGGCUGUGGACUACUACACGCGUGCAUUAUCAGCCUUGGCCACCAGAGGGACCCAUGCCUCCGUCUGGGAUUCGGUGCACUGGGAGCUCUCCACCACCUACUUCACCUUAGCGACCCUGCUGCAAGACCACGCACCCCUCUCCAGGAAGGCACAGGAGCAGGUCGAGCGCGAGGUAACGGAGGCCAUGUUGAAGUCUCUGCGUUUCUGUGACCUGGAGACUCCGUCGCCCCGACAACCUCUCUACCAAUACCGAGCCGCCACCAUCCACCACCGACUGGCAUCCAUGUACCACAGCUGCUACCGCAACCAGGUGGGCAGUGAGGCCCUGCGUAAGCAGCAUCGUCAGGAGGCGGAGCUCCACUACAGUCGGGCGUCUGCCAUUUUCAUCACCAUAGGCCACGCCCCCUGCGAGCUGCUCCGCACCCUAUUGGAGAGAGUCGCCUUCAUUCAGUUCACCACCUCAGGCCAGAGCAGUGCUGCUGUGAAGUUGAAGACGCUGACGGGUGCUAUGGAGGUCAUGUGUGAAACACACCACGCCUUCACCAAGAUACACACACAGCUACAGGAGAUGCCAUUGGAGGAUGCUGACGGUGCUGACUCCGCCCCUGAUCUAGACAGGGAGGAAGUGAUGCGUUUGAUUGCCGUGUUUGAGCCCGCCCUCUCCUUCCUACUGCUCAACAUCAUCAAGCUCAGCACCAAACGCAAGAGCAGUGGGCCAGAAGAGGAGGGUGUGUGUGUGUAUCGGCAGGUGUACUCCAGUGUGUUGCGAGCGGAUAAGGAGGCCCCCCUGACAGAGCGCAUCGCCCUCUACCUGCAGCUCCUGGAACAGCUCAACACGAACACACACACCACGCUCACACACACCAAAGACACCUGACUCUCUCUCACGCACACGCACACACACACACCAAACACACCUGACUCUCUCUCUCACACACACGCACACACACGCUCACACACACACCAAAGACACCUGACUCUCUCUCUCUCGCACGCACACACACAUACACACACACACACACACACACACACACACACACACACACACACACACACACACACACGCUCACACACAUCGAAGACACCUGACUCUUUCUCACACGCCCACACUCUCACACACAUCAAAGACACCUGACUCUCACACACACACAUGCUCACACACACCAAAGACUGACUCAAAACUCACACACGCACUCUUCCUCUCUCACACACACACACACACACCAAAACUGACUCUCACACACUCUAAAGACUCACACACACUCACACACACAGAACUUAACCAAAGAGUGACACACAUGCACAGACACACAUCAGAAAGACUCUUACACAAUACUCUGUGAAACACACACGCGCACACACACACACACACACACACACACACACACACACACACACACACACAAUCUCUCAGGGAGGCCGGUUCCUGCAGUUGAGUGGGACAUUCUCUCUGGCUGAUGACGUCACUAGCAUUGAUAAUGUCACUUGCGUUGCCUUAUGCUGGCCACACCCACUCACCUCUCCGCAACCAAUGGGCGCAUUCGUGACGGCGCAUGCAGAAGCAGUCUGCGCAGCACGCAUGCACACUUCGCCAUUUCAAUGCAUUCCAACCAGAAUGCAUUGCAAUUUCGUAUUACUGCCUCCUGCCUUGUGGCCUGUAUUUGUGGCCCCGUGAUGAUGGAGCAAGACGUCAUUGGCUACAAGAGUUUAAUUCAAUACCUUGCCGAAACAAAAUUCUAAAGUCGUUUUCUCUUUUGCUUAGGGAUUUUGAAUGGAGAAAUUAUUGAAUGCUUGCGAUGUUGGACGGGGGAAAGUCCCCCAAAAGUAGUUGAGCCUAGGCUGACUGUAGGGAGGAAACUUAGUUGUUUUCUCCACGGAGACGGGGCAUCAGCAAGGCGCGAGGCCACAAGCACAAGUUGAGGAUGGGAUUUAGGAUAAUGGGAAGAACCUCAGAUGUCCCUCUGGCUGUCGCUGUCAGUUUGGAUGAGAACAUAAAUCCAUGGUAAUUUGUCAAGACAAAAACAGAGCGUGAGGCUUGGGGUGGUUAAGCAUUAUCAAUGUAGUGAAAUUAAACCGAGAUUAAUAAAAUCAUGUAGAAGAUUUUGGGCAUAUCUAAACCAGACAAAUGCUCACCUCUGCAAGCCAUCCUUUUGGUGGCCAACAACAUCUUUGCUGACACAGUGUAAAAGGAAACCACACGAACCACGAUGGGUUGUAGACAAGCAGCACUCUCGAGUGUAGUUCUUGUAUUUUAUUUUAGUGGACACUGGAGAGGGCUUGGGCCGAAACGUUUGUCCGUCACAAACUGUCUAACCCACUAAAAUAGCAUACAAGAACUACACUCCAGAGCGUGGGUUUUCUGCAAAAAAAGGCAGUGGUAAUAUUAACUCAUGCCAAGAGGCUAAACAUAACGUCUAGUUUUCUACAUCUAUGGUCCUAAACACCAGCCAACACAGGAGGGGAGGAGAGGAGAGGAGAGGAGAGGAGAGGAGAGGAGAGGAGAGGAGAGGAGAGGAGAGGAGAGGAGAAAACGGAAGAGGAGAGACUGCACUGUCCUCUCUGUAGAAGACAAGAAAUGACAUGUGACUGAAUAGACACGUGACCGGGGAGUGUGGUGGAAGCUUUGUGUGUGUGUGGUUGAAAUGUUGUGCGUGUGCAUUUGGAGCAUUGUGUGUAUGUUUGUGCGCGUGCAUGUGCAUGUGCGGUUGAAGCAUUGUGUGUGUGUGUGUGUGUGCGUGCGUGAAGCUUGAUAUUUGAAUGUUAUUUGUUAUUAUAAAGUGUGCAAAUGAUUAUUGUGAACGGAUUUAUAAUAAACACAGUGUGUUUCAAAGCUCUUG